AUGGCCCUGGCGCUGCCACUGCUGCUGUUGCUGGUUGUUAUUGCGGGGAGUGCCCCUGCUGUGACAGCCCAGGAAGUGGGACACCGCAAGCUGCUGCAGGCUUCCACAUCCACAUCAACUUCCGGCGGUUCUGCCGCCGCCGCCGCCGCCGCACCCGGUGCUGCCGCUUCCACCACUGCCGCCGCCGGUGGUGCUGCCGCCGCCGCCAGUGCCGGCGCCGCCGCCGCCUCAGCCGCCGCAGCGGCCGCACCCCGUCCCCCCCCUCCGCCGCCUCCCCCCCCGCCACCUCCGCCUCCUCCUCCACCGCCUCGCCCGGCUCCUGCCGCCAGCAGCUCCUCAGCUGCUGCUUCCCGAAGGCCCCUGCCAAAGACCCCCGCGCCGGCCGCCGCCAAUAUCAAUGAAGAGGGUGUCCUGGUUAGCCACAUGGGUGCGGACUGCAGUCGCACGGGCCGUUACUAUAAUGGACCCACCAUCACCCGCGUCAUGCCCCUGGCGCUGCCACUGCUGUUGCUUCUGAUGGUUGUUAUUGCGGGGAAUGCCCCUGCUGUGACAGCCCAGGAAGUGGGACACCGCAAGCUGCUGCAAGCCGCCUCCGCAGCAGCCAGGCCGCCACCACCGCCACCGCCGCCACCGCCGCCACCGCCGCCACCGCCGCCACCGCCGCCACCGCCGCCUCCACCACCUCCCGCCACUAGCAGUGCCUCAGCCGCCGCAGCAGCUUCCGUGACUGUAAUUGCCGCCCCCGCUCCGCCUCCAGCAAAAGCUCCCCCUAAAGCUCCUCCUCCGCCGCCGCCGCCGCCGCCACCGCCGCCGCCACCGCCGCCGCCGCCGCCGCCACCGCCACCGCCGCCACCACCACCGCCGCCGCCACCGCCGCCGCCGCCACCGCCGCCCCCACCGCCGCCAGCCCCCGCACUGCCGUUGAAGCUGAAACAAGCUCUUCGUCAUCUUGGAUGCUGGACAAGUUGCUAA